AUGCCGAAAAGAAAACGCGACGAAGAAAUCCAAGAAGGCAUCUCCCAAAUUCCCGACCAAGCCAUCCGCAUCAAAGCCUCACGCCUCAAAGCCCGCUUCGACAAUGGCGUCAAGCAACUCACAGCACAACUCAAGCUCGCCCGUGGCUUCGACCGACAAAAGAUGACCCGGCGCAUCAAGCAAGCCGAAAGUGAUAAAGCCAAACUCGAGAGGUUACAAGCGGAAAUUCAGGUCUUGAAGGACAUAGACGAGGCGAAAGUAGCCAAGAACUACUUGUUGAAGCAAUGUGUUAGAACGAAGAGGAUUGCUGAGGCUGAGGCUUUCAGGACGCUUUUUGGCAGUGAUGUUGAGAAGAGGGUGCAGGGGGCUGGGAACGGGGCGGAGUCGAAUGUGCUUGGGAGGUUGUUCAAGUCGAAUCCGGUGAGUGAGGUUCUGCCUGAGAUUAUGAAGGGGAUUAGGGAGGUGCUUGGAGUAGAUAAGCCUCUCGAAACCAAUGGGCAUACGAAUGGUAUUGCGCAAAGUUCAAGGCAGGACGGCGCGACAGAAGUACCGGAUGAUGAGUUCUCAGGGUUCUCGGACGAAGCAGCACCAAAUGAAGCCCAACCUGUCAAACGAAAUGGUAUAUCAGGAAUAGCAAAUGACGCUGAAGGCAGCGAGAUCUCAGGCUCGGAUGAUAUGAACAUCUACGACUCACGACUAGCAACUUCUUCCGAUGACGAAGACGAAGAAGAACUUGAACUCAACGACAUGGAAAUCACAACCGAUGAAGAAGACCACUCAGCCACCGACGACGGCGACGACAACAACAGGCCGUCUCUAUCACCUCCCGCACGACAACUCAAAGAAUCAAAUCAACCAAUUAAACCACCCAAAUCCUCACAACCCCAACCAACAUCAACAUCCUUCCUCCCCUCCCUAAUGCACGGCGGCUACUACUCAGGCUCCGAGUCCGACUCCGACCCCGACAACCCCAACAAGGCCCUUUUCGACGCCCUUUCCUCCGCCACAUCAACGACAACAAUCCGCAAGAACCGCCGCGGCCAGCGCGCAAGACAACAGAUCGCGGAGAAGAAAUACGGCGCGAGCGCGAAACAUUUAUUGAAAGCUAGGGGGGCGGAGGGUGUGCAUGGCGAUAGGCAGAGGUUUAUCUCUGGUGCUGCUAGUGGGACCAAGAGGAGUGAUGAUGGGUGGGAUGCGAGGCGGGGAGCUGUUGGAGAUCGAAGUAGAGGUGGGAGGAAGCAGGAGAUGUUUGGUGCUAGGACUCAGGGUGAUCGAGAACAGAAGAAUCGUUCUGUGCCGUCUGGUGUGCGUGCUACUACUGUGAAGCAAACAGGUGGAAAUGGAAAUGAGAAGCUACAUCCUUCUUGGGAGGCUGCGAGGAAGAGGAAGAUGGAGACUGCUAAUGUGGGGGCAUCGUCUUUUGCUGGGAAGAAGAUCACGUUUGAUUGA